CACAAACAAUUUCCACAUACCGAAUGGUAAUUAUAAAUGAAAUAUCAAGUUUAUUGGCUAAGGAAACACCAGUGCUUGGAAUUUAUCAAUAUAUAGGAUAACUCGCUAAACUGACACGUGAUCUAACAUGUGGAAUUCUGUAACCGGAAGUAACAAAACAAAACGAACGUUACGAAUAUUGAUUGUAACUUCCGUUACAGUGUGUAUAUUUGUGAUAUAUGUAAAACGGAGUAAAACAUUUAGUGAUUAUAACGAGUUUUAUCCAGUAUCUAGAAAUAUGACUAAUGUAAUGGCAAACGUUAGUAGUAUAUCUCCUUAUUCAAAAGGAAAUUUCAAACCCGACGACGUAAACGUUACCUCAGAAAGGGCACGUGCAGCUGUUACCAAACAAUUAACCGCCGUAGGAUAUGGCUCAAAUAAAAGAAACACACUCCAAACGUUACUCAACUCAGAAUUUGAACUUAGAGACAUUAACAGUUCUGAAAUCACGACUUUAACAAGUGUGACAAAUGCAACAGAAAAAGAACAAGGGAUAAAUUGGAGGAAUAUGUAUUCAACAGAGGACCCUGCGUCUACAGAAGUGCCUUCACGUGGUGUACAUGUAUAUUCAAAUAGAAAGGACAAAGCCAACAGGAAGCUCCCAAUCUUUUCAAGAAAAACUGACUCGGAUAGUGUAGUUAAUUGGAGCAAGUUUCAGCAUAUAUCGUUCAGACAGAAAGCAAGACAGAAAGCAAUGCAAAGAAUGCCAUUAGAUUUACCCUAUUUUCAGACGUUUGACAAAGCUGCCUAUGAUAUUAUGAACAUGAAACCCAUAACCUUUGACCCGGCUUUCAAGAAUCCGUGCUGGAGAGGUGGAGACAGGUCGACGCCUCUAAAUGAUGGAACCCUACACUGUUUGCCUUAUUUCUAUCUCAUUGGUGUGAAGAAAAGCGGCACCACAGAUUUAUUCUCAAGAAUUCAGAGACAUGCGGAAUUCUGCAAGCCUUUAUUUUCGAAAGAGUCACAAUGGUUUGCAAGGAUUAGAUUCGGCAUCAAUGCUCGUUCUCUUACGAACAACAACAUGCGGUCCAUAAUACAAAGAGGCAUUGACCCAAGGAAAGUAGAAUUCUUUAUCUCGCUGUUUGACAAAGCAGCCAGGUGUAUAUCAUUCAGUCCAUCAACAAGAAGACGCAAUGACUCUCUUCGUUAUAAAAUGGUAACAGCUGAAGCAAGUCCAUCUACAUUCCAUAUGCAUACAAACUGGGAGCGGUUGCCAGGCAAUGAGAACUUAACCGAGCCGCGUUACACCAACUUUCAUUUCAUCAAACAUAUUACGCCCAACGUUAAAAUUAUCAUCCUGUUUAGAGAUCCCGCAACAAGACUUUAUUCGGACUUCUUGCACACCACCGGUGGACGGUAUGGUAGGUCUUCGCCUGAAGUGUUUCACAGAGAUGUUACAGAGUUGAUAAAGGCUUAUAAAGGUUGUUUCCGCCGCUUUUCACAGAGGAGAUGCGUAUAUAAUAAUACCUUGAAACAGGAACUCCGUUGGAAACGCACAAGAUUGGCUGAAAGUUUUAAUGCUGGGUUUUAUGCUGUGCUGAUGAGAGACUUGUUAGAAGUGUUCGGAAAAGCUCAGGUUUUACCAGUUUUAAUGACUGAUUAUAUCGCAAAGAUGGAGGAGACACUCAGAAAUGUAUUCAGUUUCCUCGAUAUGUCCGCAGUGAACUCAAUAACAAUGCGACGAAUGUUAAAAACUGAUCCGCAAAAUGUUUCAAAAAAGAAAAAGGCAGGAGCGAUGCUAGACAAGACCAGGGAUAUGCUUUACGACUUUUAUAGACCUUACAACGAAGAUAUGGCAGCGCUUAUGAACGACACCCGAUAUUUGUUUCCAAAGACGUAGCCUGUUUUAACAAGCGUUGGAAUCCAUAAAAAAGUGCCAUUAUUGUCAGACUGAGUGCAUAUUGUUUUAUUGCAGUUUUCCUCUACCAUUUUUUUUAAUUUAGAUACGAUGUUGUGUAUACAUAUGUAAAUGUAUAUUAGUUUGACAAAGAAGUAACACGUGUGGACGGGGACAGUUGGACCGCCGGCAUGUCGAAAAAGAAUUUUUGAAACCAAAAGGAGAUGAUUUAUCUCUAUGCAGUUUCCAUAGAGUAUGAGCCAAAAAACUAAAAUGGGUUUCUGUUCACGACAAAUGACACCUAAACGACAGAAACCCGAGACACAUGUCGCAUUUACAAGGGCGGUAGUUGUCGCAAGUAGGAGGCUGCAAGUGUCGUUGGAUCCUCUGGUUCCUCACUGGUGCUUGACGAUAGAGAUUAGAAGGCUCUGGGAGAUUUUUUUACUCGUGGUUGCAUGUUGUCUCGACGUCAGCACGAAGCAAAUCUUCUUUCGAAAACAUUGCCUUUUUAGGACCACACUCUCCAGCAAUUAGUCUGGACACCGACGGCUGCAUCCCAGUUAUCAUCAUGGUCUACAACCGGCGAUGCCCUUGGCCUUCUCUGUGAAAUACAUGCUCUGGAGGUCGACAGUAAUAAAAUUGAGGGAGUCUAAAAGCCUUGAUGCAAUCAAACAUUUGCUAACAGGUGAUCUCCCAUUCGGCAGACAGUGAAAAGUUUUUGCUCGAUUAACUGCCACCAUUUUUUAUAUGAUCUUAUUUAUUAUUUUAUUAUAUAUAUUUUUAUGAUUAAAUUAUUAGAGUAUUUGAAUGAAAUAUAUCUGGUAUUUUACUACGAAACGACAAAAUGUGUAACGUUUAGUAAAAACAUGAAAUUAAAAGAUUCUUAGUUUGUUCUACCUGUAAGAUCAAAAUAUUUUUUUACUCGUGGAUGCACUACUUGUGUGGCUUCAUAUAGAUACAAAUAUUUCGAUCUUACACUGAAAGUAAAGUCUUUAUAAACUACAUGUUUUACAAACUACAAGAGUCAGAAAAUAAAAGGAAAAGAAAUAUUGAAAUAUAGUACUC